CUGCUCUACGACCUAACCUAGACAUAAACCUCAAUCAUCUCGCGACUUUUGCGAAUGGCUUGGCGUACUAUUUGAGGCAACCGGGCGCGGAGAAGAGUUGGUUUAGGAUUAUUGCCAUGCAAAAGUUAAUGCUGAUAGAAGGGUCAGCUCCCACUUUGUUGGGCUAUUCUGGAAAUUCAGGAUCACAACCUGCAGGUCAAUUCAAAGCGGGAUGUGCGUCAGAAUUAAGGCUCAAGGAGGAGGACGGGUCGAUCCCGACUGUGCGAGACCCAAGUGCGAAAUCAGAACCUGAUGAUCUUGUGGUCUCCGACACCGACACAUUGUUGAUUCCACCAGCGACUACGGAAGAAGUCAAAGCAGAAUGUGCUUCAGAAUUAGGGCUCAAUGAGGGAGGAUCAAUCCCGACUGUGCGGAGUGUGGAAUGCAAACCUGGCACUGCUGACAGUUCCUGUCGAAUUUUUCCUCCUGUAAGACACGUAGCCUCCCAGACUGACCCCCCAAAGAUAAAAUCGGUCGGCACACAGCUUUCUAUACAAACUCUGCAGAAUCCCUUUCGCAGUAGAGCUACCCAGGUGAAGAUGCCCGGCAGAGAUUGCGGUGUGUGCACAGACACCUUCCCCUUGGACAGUCCACUGCUGCUCCUACAACCAACAUUAGUAAAGAGACCAUCCAAGAGACCUCGGCUCAGCCUUACAGACGAGGAGGAAGGCCCCUCAGAAUCCAGCUUGUCUGUGGUGGUUCAUGAACCAGAGGACUCAACAUGACUCUGGACUGUCGUGGGCUAGCGAUCUCACUUCACCUUCUCAUGGAGAGGAGCAGGUGGAUGACAGAUUAGUGAAUGGGACAAUAAAGACUGCUGAGGACUUGAGCUAGGCACCAAGCCCUCAGCUGCUCCUAACUUGAGGCCACGGAUUCUCCUGUUCAGU